GUUUUCAAUAGAUGGCGGCACGCAUGCGUGCGGACGGACGAUGGGGGAGUGUUGUUUUUCAGUGUCAAAGAAGAAGACGAAUGCCUCGGGAAGGAAAUAUUUGUACAUUUUCUAGAGAGCGAACGUGUGUUUGCGAUUGGUGUGUGGUGAAUCGAUUCGGGAAAGGAAGCUAGGUUCGUGAAGCUAGGUUUCGAGAAAGGAGAGGAGAGGAAAGAAGGGAAAGAAGCUUGCGAGAGUGUGGAAAAAAUAGGGAGAAUGAGUUCGCAGCAGAGUCCAGCGGCGUUGCAGUCGACGGUGGAUCGCGAGAAGGUUUACACGUGGAUAACCGAACUGUCGAACUCGGAGACGAGAGAGAACGCGUUGUUGGAGCUGAGCAAAAAGCGGGAAGUGGUGCCGGAUUUGGCCCCGAUGCUCUGGCACUCGUUCGGUACGAUCGCCUCUUUGCUCCAAGAGAUAAUAAACAUAUACCCUGCUAUCAAUCCAGCCACGUUAACCGCGUAUCAGAGCAACCGGGUGUGCAACGCGUUGGCGUUGUUGCAAUGCGUUGCCAGCCAUCCAGAAACCAGAUCGUCGUUCCUGCAGGCGCACGUGCCGCUCUUCUUGUAUCCGUUUCUACACACGGUCAGCAAGACUCGUCCGUUCGAAUAUCUGCGACUGACGAGUCUGGGAGUGAUCGGAGCACUGGUAAAAACCGACGAGCAAGAGGUGAUUACGUUCUUGCUCACCACGGAGAUCAUCCCGCUUUGCUUGCGCAUCAUGGAGAGCGGCUCCGAGUUGAGUAAAACCGUGGCCACGUUUAUCCUGCAGAAGAUUUUGUUGGACGACAGCGGUCUUUCGUACAUUUGUCAGACGUACGAUCGGUUCAGUCACGUUGCCAUGAUCUUGGGGAAAAUGGUGUUGUCGCUGGCCAAGGAUCCCUCCGCUAGAUUACUGAAGCACGUGGUCAGGUGUUACCUGAGACUGUCGGACAAUCCGAGGGCAUUGUUGGCACUCAGACAGUGUUUACCGGACCAACUGAGAGACAACACGUUUGCAACUUGUCUGCAAGAGGACGCGUCUACGAAACACUGGUUGAAUCAACUGUUGAAGAAUUUGGAAACUGGCCCUCAGCCAGGACCUCCGGCGCAACCGGGUCAGCAAGAUCCAAGGACUAUCGGCAUGUCGCCGCUUGCUUCUUAAGGCUCGCUCGCCUUCCUUUCGUCGAAAGGAAACCACGCGGAUAGGCGCGUGCAGCUGCGUGUGAGCUGCGGCCAACGCGAUCGAAUGGAGAUUCGAUAGAAACGAAAAGGAUGCGUCGUCCGAUGGAUCGCGGUUGGAUGACCAUUCGCCGAGUGACGAAUCGUCACAUCAGUCUAAAGUCGCACGAAGAAAGUCGAUCGAGUGCCGAUUGUUUGAUGCCGGAAGAAAGGGAUCGAUGGAUUUUGAAUCGAAGCGAAACUGUUGCGAAAAACCGUUCCUACGUUCUUCCGUAAUUCCCGUAAUUCCGUUUUUCCCGUUUUUCUAUCUUGUUCCUUGACUUGCUCCUUGCGUAAGUAUCAUUCCUCUCUCUCUCUCUCUCCCCCCUUCCCC